AUGAAGCUUCUGUCAUCUCUGGUUCGGCGACCCUUUUUACGAGCACGGUCAUCGUCAUUUGCCGUCCAGUGGCCAGUACGUAAACGAGACAGAGAGGAGCGACGAGUGCUAACGAGGUUUGACAAGCAUCAUUUUCGAAUCCCUGGAAGCCAUAGCUCUUCUCUCUUUUCCACAUCCACGCAGAGCCUCUCCCGACGACGGCCAAAGAAACGACCCUUUACUCCAUCACCUGAGCAACAAAAGAUCGUCAAACUCUGUGUCGAACACAAUGUCGUCGUUUCAGCACGGCCUGGAUCAGGCAAGACGGCUACAGCUGAAGCUAUCGUGGCUGCUUACCCAAACUCACGAAUAUGUGUUAUCACCUACUCACGCAACCUUGCACAAGAAACUCAAGGGCGGCUCGAUGAAUACCCCAACGGCAUGGCCUUCACUCUACAUAAAAUGGCUGGGUUCUAUCUAGGCAUUAUUGUACGCGACGAUGCUGUUCUUUCAAGACAGUUGAAAAACGCCAAAUUACACAACAAGCUCCCUAAAGGAAACUUUGAGCCCUUCGACAUCAUAAUAUUGGAUGAGGUUCAGGACUGUACUUACCUCCACUACCAAUCAGUAAUCUGCUUUCUCCGGAUCAAUCAAGAGAAGAUGGGUGAGAAGCCUGUCCGAAUCAUCAUCCUUGGUGACGAACGCCAAUGCAUCUACCGAUUCCGUGGUGCCAACCAUCGCUAUCUCACCCUAGCCCCUGAGUUGCUGGGGGCCAUUAGCCCUUCUCCCUUUGCCCAUCUUCCGAUGACUCAAAGCCAUCGUCUCUCGAACCAGACCGUUCAAUUUAUCAACAAGGGUUUUCUAGGUGGCGAGCCUUGCAUCACCAGCUCAAAGUCAGGCCCCAAGCCUGUCGUGUUGAGAUGUAACCCCUUCCGCGGCUAUAAGCUGGCACAGAUGUUGAUGCCAAUGAUCAAGCGUUACGGUGCUGAGAACACCGCAAUCAUUGCCCCGGCUAUUCGCAACAACAGGCCCUUGCAGAACCUGGCCAAUACGCUAGGCGAGAAGUACAGAAUACCUGUUAAUGUACCAAUCGACGACCACGGCCCUUUGGAUGAAAAGGUCAUUGCCGGGAAGCUCUGCAUCUCCACCAUCCACCAGUUCAAGGGUAGAGAACGCGACUUGGUCAUUCUCUUGGGUAUGGACUCUUCUUUCUUCGAGUAUCUGGGACGCAACCUCCCGGAUGACAACUGCCCCAAUGAGGUUUUUGUCGCUCUUACGCGUGCCAAGGAACAGCUCGUCCUGGUUCACAACGAUAGCAAACAACUGAUGCCGUUUGUCUCUGUGGACGCUCUCUACGAAACAGCCGAGGUUCGAAACAUGACACGCAAGAAAGCUUUGAUUGCAUCCCCCAAUCAAUCAGGCCGGCCAUCAGAACUGGGGCUGAUACUCCCCUCUAUGAUCAUGAGCCACCUUUGUAUUCAAUAUAUCUCGACACCUCUGCCUGAAGCAGAGCACAUUAACAUGAAAGAUAUUGUCUGCACAGAUCGAAAGCGGGGUCUUUAUGAGGCGGUUGGCGAUAUCAACGGCUUUGUCGUCGGUGCAGCUUUCGAGCAAGCUCUUACUGGAACCGUCAAAAUCCUUCAGUCGGAACACAGCUUUGACAUAAACCUAUCGGUGUGUUCAGAGGAGAACAUUGCUUGGCUAUGCCGACAAGCGUGCAAUUUCCAGACUCUCAAUUCCGGUUAUAAAUCUCGAGCUCUUCAGAUGAGGUAUCACCGGUUCAACUGGAUCAAACCUGAGCAACUGAACGCAGCUCAGGGACGGCUGCUCGAGGAACUUGGAGUGUCGACAUCUAGUCUCAACUUUGAGGUUGAUAUUGAACAAGAAUUUAUAAUUGACGAUCAAAAAACUCGUCUUCGGGGCCGAGCCGACGUCGUCACCUUUUCCAGCUCCUCCAACAACAGUGAAACGCCGAUUGCGUCUGUCUGGGAGAUUAAGUUUGUCUCUCAACUUACAGACGAGCAUAUCGUACAGGCAUCGACGUACGCGUACUUGUUGGCCUCCAAAUUUGGCCAAUUGCCCCGGAUCAUAUUGUACAACGUGCGGGACGGACAGAAGCUGGAAAUUACACCACGCCACGGACUGGAAGGACUGCGGCGUAUGAUUGAAAGUGUUCUCAGACUCAAGUACACAGCGACGAGUGAGAUGGAAGAUGAAGCCUUCAUGGACAUGUGCUCCAAGGCAACGCAGGAAAUAUUGAAUCUGGAUGGCGAUGGAGCGGAAGAAGGAUAG